CAUCUUCAGUUGCCCCCUUCACCCCAAUGAUCCGUCAUCUUUAAGGACAAAGGAUCAAUGGGGUGACGGUCCUUAUGUAUGGCUAUGACGGAUUCAUGCAGAAUAGGAUGACGGUCCCAGAUGGAUCAACUCGUCAAAGGAAGAAUCAUCAAGUUGACGGUUACAUGACGGGUACAAAUCUGUUGGUACGUACUGACAGGUUGUCAGCAUUUAUUAAGCAUGCCACGUGUCACUCUCUGAAUGGUCGUUGUAUAGGAUCGAAGCGUCGCUUCGUCUUCCGUGCACUUCCUAUAUAUAUAAGGCGCCUCACUCUUUCAUUUUUCAAUUUUCACUCAGAAAACAUUUGUCAGAGCGAAGCCGUCAACCUUGUCAGAGAAAUCCGUCGAGGACGAAUAUUUGCUGAUUACACCAACCGUCACCUAUCCUCUGCUAAGUUCGGUAGACGGCGCCCACAAGUCAGCCUUGAGGAGUUUAGUUUCCUUGAAAAGAUUUGCAGGAAAACUACGCCGGAGGAAAGGACUUGGGCUAAGUUGGUGAACCCAAGGACCAUACAUUGGUACUGUGACGGUCCUGAGCCCACCCAAGAAGCAAUUAGAUACGACGAACGAGUUCAUAAACAGAUGGAUGACGCAAAAAGGAGAGCUUUGAUCAAAUCCCAAGUCGUCAAGAAGAGGGAAUCCGGCGAGGUGGUUCCUAAGGUGUCGGCUUCAGCACCUAAGAGGAAAUCAACAUCAAAAUCUGACCGUCCGUUUAAGCAACCAAAAGUCUCACUUGAGCCCGUGGUUGGUUUGAUGGCAGAGGGUGUCAAGACCGUCACCCCAGCUAAGAAGGGGACGGGUAAAGGACUGAUGACGGCCCCAGAGGCUCCAUCUACCUUCUUGAGGGAGUAUUUUUGUGAGAAUAUUUUGUUUGUCCGUCCAUAUUGA